GGUGUGUUUGUGUGUGUAGUCAGAGCUUGUAUCUCAUGCUUGUAGAUGUCUUCGUGCGAAGGGGAGGAGAAAGGGGAGGGCUUGUGCUCAAUUUGUCAGCUUACUGAAACGUUGUGCCAGAGCAUUUUUCAUCAUGUAAAUGCACUGAGGAAAGGAAAGGGGAGGUAAGGAGGGGAAAAUGAGCAGAAAAAGACUGCCUCUUAGAGCCUUGAGGCAGAAGUGAUGGACUCAGCACUCAGAAAGUGACAGUCUUCUCCUACCGGGCUACAGACAGCACACUGGCCAGACCAUGCUGACCUGUCACUGUCUCCUGCUCUCUCACUGCCUGUGAGGAAUCUACUCAUUACAUCUAUUAACAAAUAUGGAUUUACUCGAUUUACUCUUUUGAAGUGGAUUUUUAAAUCUUUGCUCAAUGCCUACAGUACAACGGACAUCUUCCUGGCAAGUGCAGCUCCUGGUUCUAUAAUGAAGGUGUUUUAAUAACAGGCUUCAAACCACAGUCCACUUUUAAGUGACAGGACGGACUCAGGUGACAAAGAGCAAGUGAUCCAGAGAGAGAAGGACAGCCCCAAGCAGCUUUCACACAGACCGGUGAUUACUUUCUUCAAGGGGACACUUCAAUCAGUGUUGCCAGGAGGGCAAGGGAACUGAAGGGAUAGCAAGCUAUAGUUUACAAUUAUCUGCCUAAGGUGUGUGUGAGUGAGAGCCCUUCCCAGACUGAUGGAGCUCCCUGCAGUGGUGCUGCUGUUCCUGGUGUAUGGUCUGGUGUCUGGAGCCCAGCAGCCCCAGGGCCAGGGGAACCCCCAGGAGAGCAACCCCCAGGCCAGGAGCCAGGACAGGGCCCCGUCCCAGGAGUUUGAAAGCAGUAAGGAUGGCCUGGAGAGAGAAUUCCUGUAUUCUGGACGGAGGAGCAGACGGGCCCCCGCUGACUCCCAGCAGACUGACGAGUGUUCAUACACCUUCAUCGUUCCCCAGCAGAAGGUGACAGGGGCCAUCUGUGUGAACCGCAAGGAGCCGGACGCAGUGCUGGAGAACCGCGUCAACAAGCAGGAGCUGGAGCUACUGAACGGGGAGCUGCAGAAGCAGAAGAGGCAGAUCGAGACGCUGCAGCAGCUAGUGGAGGUGGACGGAGGCAUCGUCAACGAGGUCAAGCUGCUGAGGAAGGAGAGCAGGAACAUGAACUCCAGGGUGACUCAGCUCUACAUGCAGCUGCUGCAUGAGAUCAUCAGGAAGAGGGACAAUGCCCUGGAGCUGUCCCAGAUGGAGAACCGCAUCCUCAACCAGACAUCGGAGAUGCAGCAGCUCACUAACCGCUACAAGGACCUGGAGCACAAGUACCAGCACCUGGCCUCUCUGGCCAACAACCAGUCGGUUCUCAUCACCCUGCUGGAGGAGCAGUGCCAGGGUCGGCCUGUCAACCCCACUCGCCCAGUCCCCGUACCCCAGCCCAGGCCUCAGCCCCCACCCGCAUCAUCACCACCCAUCAACAAGCCCUACCAACCUCCCACCUACCCACGCCUCACCAACGAGAUUCAGAGUGACCAGAAGUCUGUGCUGCCUGUCCUUCCUACCAUGCCCAGUGGCACAGGCAGCCCCUCUACUACCAACAAACCCUCUGGGCCAUGGAAGGACUGCCUGCAGGCCCUGGAGGAUGGCCACACAGCUAGUGGCAUGUACCUGGUGAAGCCAGAGAACGCCAACAGACUGAUGCAGGUGUGGUGUGACCAGAGACAUGACCCUGGUGGCUGGACUGUCAUCCAGAGGAGGCUGGAUGGAUCAGUCAACUUCUUCAGGAACUGGGAGACUUACAAGCAAGGCUUUGGGAACAUAGAUGGAGAGUAUUGGCUGGGCCUGGAGAACAUCUACUGGCUGACCAACCAGGGGAACUACAAGCUGCUGGUGACGCUGGAGGACUGGUCUGGCAGGAAGGUGUUUGCAGAGUACGCCAGCUUCAGGCUGGAGCCUGAGGCAGACUUCUACAAACUCAGGGUGGGCCGCUACCAUGGCAACGCCGGAGACUCCCUCACCUGGCACAACGGCAAACAGUUCACUACGCUGGACAGAGACCAUGAUGUGUUUACAGGUAACUGUGCCCACUACCAGAAGGGAGGCUGGUGGUACAAUGCAUGUGCCCAUUCUAACCUCAAUGGAGUAUGGUACAGAGGUGGACACUACCGCAGUCGCUACCAAGAUGGAGUCUACUGGGCUGAAUUCAGAGGAGGGGCCUACUCCCUGAAGAAAGUAUCUAUGAUGAUAAGACCGAACCCAAACACCUUUCAUUAAGUAUCCAUGGCAAAACAACUUCCUUUCCAUGAAAACUUAAAUUCAAACAGCUCUUGAACUCUGAUACAAUGGCACCUCACACAGCCAGAUCAAGAAGACGAUGACAUAGAAAGUGCAAUAUCUAAGCCUUGGAGAAGCAAUCAAGGAGAAGCAGGGUGCGUCAUGUUGCUUCAAAGUCCCUUAGCAAACUGUUUGGCCAGAUACAAUGCUAUUUCACGGCUAGCUCUUAAAUGUACACGGAGAGCUAACAUUAAUAAUAUGCAUGUCAAU